AUGGAGGACCCAUCAGCUCCGCAGGCCCAGAAGAAAGUUGUAGCUGUGGUUGGAGCUCUGAACGCCUGCUUCUUCGCCAAAAGAGGCUUUCAAGUGGAAGUCUUUGAAACAAGAGAAGACAUUCGCUCGGCCCAAACUGUGAGGGGCCGAAGCAUCAACCUGGCCUUGUCUCUCCGAGGCCGGCAAGCCCUGAAGCAUGUUGGAAUGGAAGACAAGAUCAUCUCCAAGGGGAUUCCCAUGAACGCCAGGAUGAUCCAUUCCCUGAGUGGGAAACAGUCCCCGAUCCCUUAUGGGAAGAAAGGCCAGUACAUCCUGUCUGUGGACCGGGCCAACCUGAACAAGGAGCUGCUGACAGAGGCAGAGAAGUAUCCAAACACAAAGCUGAACUUUGACCACAAACUGCAGGACUGGAGCGCUGAAACGGGGCUGAUGACCUUUGCCAGGUCCGACGGCUCCAAGACGCAGGUUCAGGUGGACCUGAUGGUCGGCUGCGAUGGAGCGUUCUCGGCCGUCCGUAAACAGUUCCUCCGUCGCAGCCGCUUCAACUACAGCCAGACCUACAUCCCUCACGGCUACAUGGAGCUCACCAUGCCGCCCAGGGACGGAGAGUUUGCCAUGAAGCCCAACUUCCUGCACAUCUGGCCACGAAACACCUUCAUGAUGAUCGCGCUGCCCAACCUGGACAAGACGUUCACGUGCACGCUCUUCAUGCCCUUUGAGGACUUCGAGAAGGUCACCACAGGAGAUGAGGUCAUCGAGUUUUUCCAGAAAUACUUCCCCGAUGCCAUCCCGUUAAUCGGAGCCGACGCCCUCAGGAGAGAUUAUUUCCGACUUCCUGCUCAGGCCAUGGUGUCCGUGAAAUGCUCCCCGUAUCACAUCGAUGACCGGUGUGUCCUCAUGGGGGACGCAGCCCACGCCGUGGUGCCGUUUUACGGGCAGGGGAUGAACGCUGGCUUCGAGGACUGCAUCGUCUUUGAUGAAAUCAUGAAUCAGUUCGCAGAGGAUUUCAGUUCAGUUCUGCCCGAGUAUUCGAGAGUUCGGGUUCCAGACGACCACGCCAUCGCGGACCUGGCCAUGUACAACUACGUGGAAAUGCGAGCGCACGUCAACUCCAAGUGGUUCCUCUUCAGGAAACACGUGGACAACGCCCUGCACUUCCUCAUGCCGAAGACCAUCAUUCCCCUCUACACCAUGGUCACGUUCACCAGAACCAGGUACCAUGAAGCGGUGCAGCACUGGCGCUGGCAGCAGAAAGUGAUAAACCGUGGCCUGCUGCUCGGUGCAGCCGGAGCGGUGGUCGGAGGCUCCUACCUGCUCGUUAAAAACCCCCCAAAUAUCAACAAGCUCCUCACUCCCGCCGAGCACAUCUGGACCAAGCUGGUGGCCCUGAAGUCCUCCUGAUGGCCCAGAUCUGACAGCAGC